AUGCCAGAUUUGCACACGGACCUCGAGGAGCACAAGAGGGGCCUACGGCUGCACUCCACAGAGGAGCACAAGAGAGGCCUAUGGCUGCACUCCGCAGAGGAGCACGAGAGAGGCCUAUGGCUGCACUCCGCAGAAGAGCACGAGAGAGGCCUAUGGCUGCACUCCACAGAGGAGUACGAGAGAGGCCUAUGGCUGCACUCCGCAGAGGAGUACGAGAGAGGCCUAUGGCUGCACUCCGCAGAGGAGCAUGAGAGAGGCCUAUUGCUGCACUCCCCAGAGGAGCACGAGAGAGGCCUAUGGCUGCACUCCGCAGAGGAGCACGAGAGAGGCCUAUGGCUGCACUCCGCAGAAGAGCACGAGAGAGGCCUAUGGCUGCACUCCACAGAGGAGUACGAGAGAGGCCUAUGGCUGCACUCCGCAGAGGAGUAUGAGAGAGGCCUAUGGCUGCACUCCGCAGAGGAGCAUGAGAGAGGCCUAUUGCUGCACUCCCCAGAGGAGCACGAGAGAGGCCUAUGGCUGCACUCCGCAGAGGAGUACGAGAGAGGCCUAUGGCUGCACUCCGCAGAGGAGCACGAGAGAGGCCUAUGGCUGCACUCCACAGAGGAGUACGAGAGAGGCCUAUGGCUGCACUCCGCAGAGGAGCAUGAGAGAGGCCUAUUGCUGCACUCCCCAGAGGAGCACGAGAGAGGCCUAUGGCUGCACUCCGCAGAGGAGCACGAGAGAGGCCUAUGGCUGCACUCCGCAGAAGAGCACGAGAGGGGCCUAUGGCUGCACUCCGCAGAGGAGCACGAGAGAGGCCUAUGGCUGCACUCCGCAGAAGAGCACGAGAGGGGCCUAUGGCUGCACUCCGCAGAGGAGCAUGAGAGAGGCCUAUGGCUGCACUCCGCAGAGGAGCACGAGACAGGCCUAUGGCUGCACUCCACAGAGGAGUACGAGAGAGGCCUAUGGCUGCACUCCGCAGAGGAGCAUGAGAGAGGCCUAUUGCUACACUCCCCAGAGGAGCACGAGAGAGGCCUGUGGCUGCACUCCGCAGAGGAGCAUGAGAGAGGCCUAUGGCUGCACUCCACAGAGGAGCACGAGAGAGGCCUAUGGCUGCACUCCGCAGAGGAGCACGAGAGAGGCCUAUGGCUGCACUCCCCAGAGGAGCACGAGAAAGAGGAGCACGAGAGAGGCCUAUGGCUGCACUCCGCAGAGGAGCACGAGAGAGGCCUAUGGCUGCACUCCCCAGAGGAGCACGAGAAAGGCCUAUGGCUGUACUCCGCAGAGGAGCACGAGAGGGGCCUAUGGCUGCACUCCGCAGAGGAGCACGAGAGAGGCCUAUGGCUGCACUCCACAGAGGAGCACGAGAGAGGCCUAUGGCUGCACUCCGCAGAGGAGCACGAGAGAGGCCUAUGGCUGCACUCCCCAGAGGAGCACGAGAGGGGCCUAUGGCUGCACUCCACAGAGGAGCACGAGAGAGGCCUAUGGCUGCACUCCACAGAGGAGUACGAGAGAGGCCUAUGGCUGCACUCCGCAGAGGAGUACGAGAGAGGCCUAUGGCUGCACUCCGCAGAGGAGCAUGAGAGAGGCCUAUUGCUGCACUCCCCAGAGGAGCACGAGAGAGGUCUAUGGCUGCACUCCGCAGAGGAGCACGAGAGAGGCCUAUGGCUGCACUCCGCAGAAGAGCACGAGAGAGGCCUAUGGCUGCACUCCACAGAGGAGUACGAGAGAGGCCUAUGGCUGCACUCUGCAGAGGAGCAUGAGAGAGGCCUAUUGCUGCACUCCCCAGAGGAGCACGAGAGAGGCCUAUGGCUGCACUCCGCAGAGGAGUACGAGAGAGGCCUAUGGCUGCACUCCGCAGAAGAGCACGAGAGAGGCCUAUGGCUGCACUCCACAGAGGAGUACGAGAGAGGCCUAUGGCUGCACUCCGCAGAGGAGCAUGAGAGAGGCCUAUUGCUGCACUCCCCAGAGGAGCACGAGAGAGGCCUAUGGCUGCACUCCGCAGAGGAGCACGAGAGAGGCCUAUGGCUGCACUCCGCAGAGGAGCACGAGAGAGGCCUAUGGCUGCACUCCGCAGAGGAGCAUGAGAGAGGCCUAUGGCUGCACUCCGCAGAGGAGCACGAGACAGGCCUAUGGCUGCACUCCACAGAGGAGUACGAGAGAGGCCUAUGGCUGCACUCCGCAGAGGAGCAUGAGAGAGGCCUAUUGCUACACUCCCCAGAGGAGCACGAGAGAGGCCUAUGGCUGCACUCCGCAGAGGAGCAUGAGAGGCCUAUGGCUGCACUCCACAGAGGAGCACGAGAGAGGCCUAUGGCUGCACUCCGCAGAGGAGCACGAGAGAGGCCUAUGGCUGCACUCCGCAGAGGAGCACGAGAGAGGCCUAUGGCUGCACUCCCCAGAGGAGCACGAGAAAGGCCUAUGGCUGUACUCCGCAGAGGAGCACGAGAGGGGCCUAUGGCUGCACUCCGCAGAGGAGCACGAGAGAGGUCUAUGGCUGCACUCCACAGAGGAGCACGAGAGAGGCCUAUGGCUGCACUCCGCAGAGGAGCACGAGAGAGGCCUAUGGCUGCACUCCACAGAGGAGCACGAGAGAGGCCUAUGGCUGCACUCCGCAGAGGAGCACGAGAGAGGCCUAUGGCUGCACUCCCCAGAGGAGCACGAGAGAGGCCUAUGGCUGUACUCCGCAGAGGAGCACGAGAGGGGCCUAUGGCUGCACUCCGCAGAGGAGCACGAGAGAGGCCUAUGGCUGCACUCCACAGAGGAGUACGAGAGAGGCCUAUGGCUGCACUCCGCAGAGGUGCCCGAGAGAGGCCUAUUGCUGCACUCCCCAGAGGAGCACGAGAGAGGCCUAUGGCUGCACUCCACAGAGAAGCACGAGAGAGGCCUAUGGCUGCACUCCACAGAGGAGCAUGA